GAAGACGAUUAGCUAUGCCAAACUGAGUUAGCACUCGUAAUUAAACUUAAUUAGAAGAAUGAAUUGAGUUGCGGAGAGACAGUUAGUUGACCCACCAUCACAUGCUCUGGCAAUUCAGCAUCUCUUCUCAAAAUCCACAGAAAACCAAAUUUCACCUCUGCGUCGCCUUCCCCAAUUCCCACAUUAACAGUGUUAUACACUUUUACUUCGAUCAAAAUCUUUUGUCGUUAGUCCAAGGGCAAUUUUGAAAGAGAAGAAACAGAGAGAUACUAUUUCUUUUCUUUUUCUAUUGCUAUUCCAUUGGAGUGGGCAAUAAUCCUUGUAGCUGGAACCUGGAAAGAACUGCAGAAAGGUUUUAACAUUCAGUGAUGAGAAUGGAUGCAGAUUGGCUCUAUAAAUCUACUUGAGAGUCAUAGCAGUUGCUACAGUCAUGAUGGAAAUCAAGGAGAAAGAGAAAAUCGUGAUAGCCAAACCAGUUGCAUGUAGACCUCGUUUCUCCAAUCCGAAAUCCUUAUCUGUCCUUCUCUCUGUUACAACUGAUGCUUCUCCACCUCCUGCUAAUACUGAAGCUGCUACAGUCAUAAGACCAACGACAGUGCGCUUUAAGCCUGACAGCAUUCUUGAUUUGGAUGAGGCUGCAGCUUGCAUUCCAACUAAAAGGGACCUAGAAUCUAACACCGCGUGCAGUGUGGUCUACAAACCAAUAGCUAAGCUUGUUUCAAGGACAACAGUUUCUCUCCUGUCAAAUUUGGGGGGUAAUGGUAUUGCUCCUACACAAGAAGUUGGUGAGGACGGUAAUAGAGUAAAUUCAAACCAAGUAACUCACCAAUCCGGCACCAAAUUAGAGAUCCAUCCUGAUUUCCCCACACAGUCGGAACAUAGGGCAACUACUCCAGUAGAAAAUCAUGCUCAGGAAACCAAAUUCUCAAUCCCUGCAAACAUCAGGGAUCGGACUUCAUAUGAUGGUCACAAUUGGCGUAAAUAUGGACAGAAACAGGUUAAAGGAAGUGAGUAUCCUCGAAGUUACUACAAGUGUACAUACCCGAACUGUCCCGUAAAAAAGAAAGUAGAAAAAUCGCUUGAUGGACAGAUUGCAGAGAUAGUUUACAAUGGUGAGCAUAACCACUUAAAGCCCCAGCCACCUGAUCACACUCCAGCAGAUGGACACACACAGACACCAGUUUAUGAUGCCGCUCGGAAAGAGGUGCAAAGUCAUGUGAUAAAUCAACAAGCUGAGGCAGUGAGAGCUCAUCAAGGGGGAUCAGACAUUCAGGAUUUUACUGAAUCAUCUAACCAGUCAACUUUUUCCAGUACUCCACCAACCAAUUAUACUGUUGCAUCUGCAGCAUGCAAUGCUGGCCCCUCAGUGUCCCAUAAUUCGCUGGGUGAAUGUGAUGAAGUUGGUAGAUUUGUCGAUGCAGAAGGUGGUGCCUUCAGAAGCAAAAGAACGGAAUCCGACAACCAAUUACCCAGAGCAAGUAUGGCUGGGGAAGCCUCAUCCAUUGUCGUUCAGAACCAUACUGAUUCUGGCAUAAUCGGGGAUGGAUACCGCUGGAGGAAGUACGGCCAGAAAGUAGUGAGGGGAAAGAUGUACCCUAGGAGUUACUACAGAUGCACCCAUCGGGACUGCAAUGUGAGGAAGUAUGUAGAGAGAACCUCUGAAGAUCCAGGCACAUUCAUAACGACGUAUGAGGGCAAACACAGCCAUGCCAUGCCAAUGAAAACUGCAAAUGUAGAGGCAUCCAAGACAAGUGCCAAGAACUGAACCCAUCCAAGGAGAAAGAAGAUUUUGCUCGAACGACGAAUUCAUCCGAUCCCAAUUAUUCUGAUGAGGCAUAUCAACUGGGAUGUAACUUAAUAUGUUUUUUCUGCAUUUCAUCGUUCUCUACAAUCAAACAAUGUGUAACCAAAUCUUAAUUAUUGGCUAUCUUAUUCUGCAUUUCUUCCUUUA